AGAACUCAGCGCUUGAUCAUCAAUUAAAGCGCACUUCACGCAUCUGUCCGUACUGUACGAAACAGAGAACCUCCUCACUGCAUUACACACAUGAAGUCCCCCUGCAGCACCGCCACCAUGGGAACCCAAAGAAAGGACAGCUUCCUCUGGGGGAAAGCACCUUCAUCCUUCAAUGCAAAUGACAAGAAGCAGACUGAGGUCCACAAGCAUGUUAUUCUUGACGAUAUCAAGCAACUCAGGAUGGAGAUCGAAAACAUGAUGACAGAAAUUCAAACAAUGGAGGCCGAUGAUGAGAAUAAAAAUGUUAUGAAGAACAAGAGAAUCCAAUGUGGAAAAAAGAAGUUCAACAUGGACCCCAAGAAGGGCAUUCAGUAUCUAGUGGAUAAUGGCCUUUUGGCGUGGAAACCAGAAUCUGUGGCGGAGUUCCUCUACAAAGAGGAAGGCCUUAAUAAAACGGCUAUUGGCAACUUUUUAGGAGAAAGGGAAGAGAUCCACCUGCAGAUUCUACAGGCUUUUGUUCACCUUCACGAGUUCUCAAACCUUAAUCUGGUGCAGGCUUUAAGGCAGUUUCUGUGGAGUUUCCGUCUACCUGGUGAAGCUCAGAAGAUUGACCGCAUGAUGGAGGCUUUUGCUCAGCGCUACUGCACCUGUAACACAGGGGUUUUUCAGUCUACAGACACCUGUUACAUCCUCUCCUUCGCUAUUAUCAUGCUCAACACAAGCUUGCACAACCCCAACGUGAAAGACAAAACCACACUAGAACGUUUCAUUAGCAUGAACAGAGGAAUCAACAAUGGAGGAGAUCUUCCCAGUGAACUACUUGAGAAACUUUAUGAGAGCAUUAAGAAUGAACCCUUUAAGAUCCCAGAGGAUGACGGCAAUGAUCUCACUCACACCUUCUUUAAUCCUGAUCGAGAGGGCUGGCUUCUAAAAGAAGGUGGCAGAAUAAAGACUUGGAAGAGGAGGUGGUUUAUUCUGACUGACGGCUGCCUCUACUAUUUCCAAUACACCACUGAUAAAGAGCCAAAAGGAAUCAUUCCCCUGGAGAACUUGUGUGUAAAAGAGGUGGACGAUCCACACAAACAGUUCUGUCUGGAGGUGUAUAGUCUUCAUCAAAAAGGAGAGACGAUAAAGGCCUGCAAGACAGAGACAGAUGGGAGAGUCGUGAUGGGCAAACAUCACUCCUACAAACUCAGCACAGCUUCAGAAGAGGAACGUGCAGAAUGGAUACAAGCCAUCAGAGCCUGCAUCACAAAAGACCCUUUCUAUGACCUGGUCUCAGCACGCAAAAAGAAAAUCACCAACCACAACGAACCCCACGACUGAAUUCACGAACUCUCGUCUGAUAUUUCUAAAUCACCUGCGCACAUACUGAAGAACCAGUGGGAUGUUGGUGGGACUCUGGAAAUGUUGAUUAUGGUUUUCAAGGUGCUUAUUCUCAGCAUACAGGGGUCAUCACCACUAACCAGAGGUGUUGUGGUCAAAAGCUUUAAGAAUUGCUAAAUGAACAGCUUCCUAUUUAUUUAAAGCUAGUGAGAGACCACGCUGUAAAAAAAAAGCCAUGAAAUGAUUGUGGCUUUUUUUAUUUGUUAAAUAUUUUGGAACAGACGUUACUUAAAAUGUUUUGUGUUGUGAGAUUGUUUUCAGUUUAUUAACAAUUUAAAUAAUUUCAAUCGAAAGCUACAUUUCAAAACCUUUACGUUGUUAAGUAGUUAGUCUCUGUGUAGUUCUCCAUUUGACUAACUUUAAGUUGUAUUCAGAAGUGAAUCUAAUGAAUGUAUCUUGUAAAUAGUCUUGUAAAUACUCUUAAUAGCCGUUAGCAUUAAUGCUUAGCAGGUUGAAAUUGUUUGUUUUCUGUACAAAUGAAUUGAUCUAUUUAAAUUAUGUAUUGUUAUUUAGUUAUAAGCUUUUUGUUUUGCACUUAAUAAUCAAAUAAACUUGUGAAUAUGUUAAGAACAUGUUGUUAAAAUAUGAUGACUGACUUUACCUAAGCUUUUCUGAUUGACAAUCUGUACUAAACGAGCCUCAUUAAAAAAAGUGAUGAACAAAUUUGUACAGAAGAGGG